UGCUGCUUCCGGCGAUGGUAUUACUGCCGAAUCAUCGGGUGAAGUCGCUGAGGAUCUUGAACCCGGCACUGGGACCACCGACGGGCAUGCCUCUGGAGACCAGGCAUCUGAGGAAGUCGCACCGGGAGCUGACCAGGCUUCUGAGGACAACGCACCGGGAGCUGACCAGGCUUCUGAUGAAAACGCACCGGGGACUGACAGCACUGACGAGUUUGUCAUCCAAACCCCUGGCGGGGCCUACCCUGGAGGAUCGAGCACCGACACCUACCCAACCGAAACCCCGACUGGCGGUUUUCCUAGUGACGUCACGUCACCAGAGACACCAGAAGAGGGCUCCGGGGACGACCUGUUCCCCGUGACCGAGGCCGGCGGCGUCACUCCGGGUCUUCCGACACAAACGCUGCCCCCUGGCCCAGUCGGCAUCACCUCCGAGACUGCGGUCGGCGGUGCGGGCGCCACUGAGCAGACCCAACCGACCGGCACCGGUCAGCCCGCAGGCGGGGACGAAAACACACAACAGCCGACAGUUAUCUCUACUGAGGUGCCCACCGCUGCUCUCCCUGAGUCUGAAUCUCAUACCUCGGAGGAGUCAUCUGAGCUUGGAGCAGACGGACCUUCUGGCGAAGGUGAAGUCGAGACGCUGCAGGAAGGUCAAGACGCGUCCACCAGCACCGUCAUUCCUCAGACAGAUGGGGCUACCAAUGCCCCGCUCCCCUCAGGAGACGGGGACAGCCAGUUGGUGGAGGGCUCCGGAGGCCAGACUGUAGGAGAGGAAGGUGUUAUUCCGCCAGCAGGUGGUGACCAGGAACCAGGCGUGCCUACCGUUGGAGAAGAUGGCGAUGGAACCGAGCCGGAAAGCCAGAGUCAAGAUGGCGACCUCACGAUCAUCGAUACAGAUGGAUCUGGUAUUGAGAUCGAUGAGACGCCUGGCUCGGGCGCGGGAGAGGAAGCCCCCUCAGACCAGACAGCUUCUGAAGUCACGUCCUCUUCUGGAGACGAAAUACCUGUCGAGUCUGACGCUGCAGAUGGCCAGUCUCAAGGACAAACGACUGGCGAGGAUGGCACGAUCUUCGUCCUUCCUGGAGGUGGACAAGGUGGGGAAUACCCUGGUGUGGACGGUGUGUCCGAUGGCCACGAGGGCUCUGCUUCAAUGGCUGAAAUACCCGAGAGCUCCAGCGAACAGAUCGGGGAGGAUUCGACAGCGGAGACCAUUGAGGGGACCAUCAACAUUCCAUCCAUCCCUGACUCUGAGUUUGAGCAAAUUGCCGGAUCCAGCAACGAGGUGGAGGAAGGGAAGCCGACCGACACACCGCUGCCUGACAAUCAAGGCGAGGAGUCUGGUGAGCUAGAGGACGGAUCCGGCAGUCUUGGACCCGCCAGCGGGCAUGGUGAAGACGGCCCUUCUCCAGACGAACUCCAAAUCUCUGUGCCAGGCUCAACGGUGGAUGAAGUGGUUACAGAAGUUGGGGAAGCUCAUGGUUCGACAGAGACAUCAGGCACUGAUCCGUCUUCUCAGGAUACCGAAGUUGACCCCAGUACUGACUUAGAGUCUGGUUCAGGCGCUCCGGUUGCCGGCGGUGAAAAUGCUGAGGCAGCCUCGGAUGGUUCGGAUUCAGCCGUUGAUGCACCCGAGAUUUCUGGUGACGGAGAUAAUGUUGAGGCAUCUGGAUCGAUUGAAUACCUUCCCGAGCAUAGCGGGGUCAGUACUGAACGCCCUGGUCCUGGUAGUGACCUUUCCGAGUCUGAGCUGGUGGACGCGCAGACCGAAGAGUCUGGCCAAGGUCCUGAAGCAUCGACGGACGAGUACCCAUACCCUCCAACCACUGACAAUGAAGGUGUUGCAGAUCCCGACUCAAUUACUCAAGUGAUAGAGACGUCUGGAGAUGAGCUGAUGCCGGGCAGUGACCAAGGCUCGAUCGAAGGUACGCCAUCCGGAAGCGGGGGUGACCUUCUCAUCACGGUCCCUGAUGGCACUCAGCCUGACGAGGGUCUUGAUGAGGAUGAAUCGGAGGAGGUGUCUGGUCAAGGGAUCGAUUCACCGGUACCUGCUGGGGAAGGAGAGGAGGGUGGGUCUCAAGGGGAAAUUUCUGCGCCAGGAACUGACCAUGCAGCGCCUGCAGGCGAAGUGGGAUCAGAAGAAUCACCAGAACAUGCUGAUGGGUCUGGUGUAUCCGUAGCUGACGGUGAACUGAUCAACAUCAGCAUCCUCGAGGGGUCUGGCGACAUUCCCACUUCUUCUGGAGAGACACCAGAAGCUCUGGAGGGCGAGUCCAUGGUUGAUAUCGUCCCUGGUGAUGACGUAUCUACAACUACCGGACCUGACAUACUCUCAGGAUCAGAAGCCUCUGGGGAUAAGCCUACCUCAGGUGAUGAGCAGGCCAUUCCUCAAACCCCCGGUGAAGGUGACGGUGUUCCGGAAAAUCCAGAGGACCUAACUACCACCGAUAUGCUGCUUCCGGACCAAGAGAACCUUGGUGUCGGUGAUGUAUCCGGCACUGACGAAGGUCAAGAAACUCCUGCGUCUGGCCAAGAGCCAGCUAUCAUCCAAGGAUCUGGAGCCGGGGAAAUUAAUGCUCCUGUAGGUGAACAAGGUUCGGCUACGAUCGAGGGCACCGAAGGUGAGGAAGGUCUGGUUCCUGGAACAGUGACAGAGACAGGCACUAUUGAAGGAUCUGGGAAUGAAGAUCAGCAACCAAUUGGUAUCGAGGUUGUGGUUAGCAUCGAAGGGUCGGGAGUUGACGAAGGUGAGAUCCCGGGCACUGAGGAGGAAGGAAACGUCGUUGAGGGCUCUGCUUCCGAGGAAGAUCAGCCAUCCGGUUCACAAAAUGUCCCGAUUGAGCCUGGCACCACAGAAGAGGGAGCUUCCAACGAACAGACCUCGACCGCACAGACCCCAACCGAAGGCGAUUCAGCCACAGAGAUCCCCACGUCCCCCACCACGAAGCCUGCAGGAAGUGGGACUGGCGCCCAGCCUACCUACCCCGUCACUGAUAUCGACAUUGGACCGUCCGGCAUCGCAUCGGAAGUUGAUUCCGGCUCUGGCGACGUGACACCGGACGGCGAUAUCGAAUCAGCCCUCAUUGACGCGCUGAGCGACGCCCUCGGGCUCGGCUCUGGGGACGGCCAUGACCAGACGGAGACUUCCGGAGACCAGCUGAUCUCUAUUGACGGCAGCGGACCGGCAGUGACGGAGCAGGAGAUCGAAGAGGGGCAGCAGGGCUCAGGUGACCGUCCCGUGCAGCAGGAAGGCGUGGGCGAAGAACAAACGACGCCGGAUAACGGGAGCGUGAUUCAAGGAUCUGGUGAUGCGUCUGACCCCCACGCGGAUGGUGAUGGAACGGAGCCUUCCUUCGGCAGUGAGGGUGGUGCUCAGGGAUCUGGCGAAAUCCCCGCUCAGGGCGGUGAGAACACACAGACGCCCAUGAUUGAGGGUGUUGGUGAGAUCGAGGGUUCUGGCGAGGAUCCUGCCGGAAGUGUUCCAGAUGGCGUGUCUGAAUCAGCUACCGAUAUUCACGGACUUGUGCCCGGUGUCCAAACCACCGAGGCUCCUGUCAUCACCGAAGUGAUCCCCGGCUCUGAGACUACCGAUGGUUCCCAGCCCGGCGAAGUGACCCCUGGCUCUGGGAGUACCGACGACUACAAGCCCGCCGAAGUGGUUCCCGGCUCUGAGACCACCGAUGGUUCCCAGCCCGGCGAAGUGACCCCUGGCUCUGAGACUGCCGAUGGUUCCCAGCCCGGUGAAGUGGUUCCCGGCUCUGAGACCACCGAUGGUUCCCAGCCCGGCCAAGUGAUCCCUGGCUCUGAGACUACCGAUGGUUCCCAGCCCGGCGAGGUGACUCCUGGCUCUGAGACUGCCGAUGGUUCCCAGCCCGGCGAAGUGAUCCCUGGCUCUGAGACUGCCGAUGGUUCCCAGCCCGGUGAAGUGACUCCUGGCUCUGGGAGUACCGACGACUACAAGCCCGCCGAAGUGGUUCCCGGCUCUGAGACCACCGAUGGUUCCCAGCCCGGCCAAGUGACCCCUGGCUCUGAGACUGCCGAUGGUUCCCAGCCCGGUGAAGUGACCCCUGGCUCUGAGACUACCGAGGGUUCCCAGCCCGGCGAGGUGACUCCUGGCUCUGAGACUGCCGAUGGUUCCCAGCCCGGCCAAGUGAUCCCUGGCUCUGAGACCACCGACGGUUCCCAGCCCGGCGAAGUGACUCCUGGCUCUGGGAGUACCGACGACUACAAGCCCGCCGAAGUGGUUCCCGGCUCUGAGACCACCGAUGGUUCCCAGCCCGGCGAAGUGAUCCCUGGCUCUGAGACUGCCGAUGGUUCCCAGCCCGGCGAAGUGACCCCUGGCUCUGAGACUGCCGAUGGUUCCCAGCCCGGCCAAGUGAUCCCUGGCUCUGAGACCAUCGAUGGUUCCCAGCCCGGCGAGGUGACUAUCGAUGGUUCCCAGCCCGGCGAAGUGAUCCCUGGCUCUGAGACCACAGAUGGUUCCCAGCCCGGCGAUGUGACCCCUGGCUCUGAGACUGCCGAUGGUUCCCAGCCCGGCCAAGUGACUCCUGGCUCUGGGAGUACCGACGACUACAAGCCCACCGAAGUGGUUCCCGGUUCUGAGACCACCGAUGGUGCCCAGCCCGGCGAGGUGGCUCCUGGCUCUGAGACCACCGAUGGUUCUCAGCCCGGCGAAGUGACCCCUGGUUCACAGACUACCGAUGGUUCCCAGCCCGGCGAGGUGACUCCUGGUUCUGAGAUUGCCGAUGGUUCCCAGCCCGGCGAAGCGAUCCCUGGCUCUGAGACUGCCGAUGGUUCCCAGCCCGACGAAGUGACUCCUGGCUCUGGGAGUACCGACGACUACAAACCCGCCGAAGUGGUUCCCGGCUCUGAGACCACCGAUGGUUCCCAGCCCGGCGAAGUGACCCCUGGCUCUGAGACUACCGAUGGUUCCCAGCCCGGCGAGAUGACUCCUGGCUCUGAGACUGCCGAUGGUUCCCAGCCCGGCGAAGUGAUCCCUGGCUCUGAGACUACCGAUGGUUCCCAGCCCGGCGAGGUGACUCCUGGCUCUGAGACUACCGAUGGUUCCCAGCCCGGCGAAGUGACCCCUGGCUCUGAGACUACCGAUGGUUCCCAGCCCGGCGAGGUGACUCCUGGCUCUGAGACCACCGAUGGUUCCCAGCCCGGCGAGGUGACUACUGAUGGUUCCCAGCCCGGCGAAGUGACCCCUGGCUCUGGGAGUACCGACGACUACAAGCCCGCCGAAGUGGUUCCCGGCUCUGAGACCACCGAUGGUUCCCAGCCCGGCGAAGUGACUCCUGGCUCUGAGACUACCGAUGGUUCCCAGCCCGGCGAGGUGACUCCUGGCUCUGAGACUACCGAUGGUUCCCAGCCCGGCGAAGUGACCCCUGGCUCUGGGAGUACCGACGACUACAAGCCCGCCGAAGUGGUUCCCGGCUCUGAGACCACCGAUGGUUCCCAGCCCGGCGAAGUGACCCCUGGCUCCGAGACUGCCGAUGGUUCCCAGCCAGCCGAAGUGAUCCCUGGCUCUGAGACCACCGAUGAUUCCAAGCCAGCCGAAGUGAUCCCUGGAUCUGAAACGGACGAUACCGUUGCUGGCGUCCAGCCGGCUGACUCGAUGCCAGGAGAGACCUCUACAGACCUGCCUGCCGGUGGAGAACAGGAACAGACUCUCGAGAGCGCCAGUCAAACGGAGGCCGAGGACAAGGAGGACGGGCCGACGGCAGCAGUGCCCGGCGAAGGCUCGUGCCUGAUUGACGGCGUUACCUACGGAUCAGGCGUCUCUGUGCCUACCAGCAGCCAGUGUCAGAUCAGCUGCGUCUGCUCCAACUCGGUCAUGGAGUGCAAGACUCGCAGCUGUCCUGUUGCGCCCACGGGCAACUGCCGACCGUACUAUACCAAGGGAUCGUGCUGCCCCGCUUACGAUUGCAGUAACACGGUGGAGCCCCCCGUCACGCUGCAGUGUUAUCUGGACGGCGUGAUCCAUGACGAGGGUGACGUCAUUACUCACCCGGACCCGUGCAAGUACUGCCUGUGCCUGAGCGGCGAGGUGGUGUGCGCCACGCAGGUGUGCAGACGGCCAGACGAGCUGGAGGGCAUGGACUGCCGCCCGCUGGCGGCCAAGGCUGGGCAGUGCUGCCCUUCCGAAUACUCAUGCGACAUCUCGGUGCUGGAGAGCCUGAAUCUGACGGCGUCAGAGCUGCCCGGCGGCGUGUCGUCUGGUUCUGUCGUCGUCACUACGGAAGGACCGGGCCAGGAGGUUAUCAGCGUCUCCACCGCAGCCCCAGACGUCCAGUCACCCUCCACGGAGGGCCCAGGCAUCGAACAGCCGAGCACGGAGAAGCCAGCAUCGACUAGUCAGGAGGGUGAGCCUGGUAGCGAGGAGGGUACCUACCUACCUCUGCCGGGCGAAGAUAACAUCCCUGGUCACGGCUCGCAAGAAACGCCCAUCGAUAGCAACAUCGAUGUUUCCGGAGGCAGUGGAGGACAAGGUGUGGACGACAACGUCCUUGGAAGUGGCGAUCAGCCAAUAGACACUGCUGAAGGUUCCAGUCAGACUAGCGAUGAAACCCUAGAGGGUGAAGACAAGCCUGUGGAGGGUGAGGAAAAGCCCACGGUGCCUACAACAGAAUCGGCUGAGGGUGAGGAGAAGCCCACUGAUCCCGCGGCGGGAUCUUCUCAGGUUGCUGUGGAGCCUGCCGAAGGCGAUGACGGAGCUGCAGAGGGCGAGACUAGUCCCACCGAUGCUGUUACUGGAAACACUGAAGGCGAGAACAAACCAACUGACCCUGCUUCCGGAUCUGACCAGGGUCCCCGCUGA